UCCACUAGCAAUCAAACACCUGUCAUUGUUAAUAUAAACAUACAGAAAAGUUCUCUGAAACUCUCUAAUCUAUUACACAGCAAAGGUUAAAAAAAUGCAGGGCGAUGAGGCCAGGGUCUUGCUAGGCUUCCCUCCCAAUUCCUGCCCUACCAUAUCUGAGGUUAAAGCUGCUUACAAAAAGAAGGUAUGGGAGUCUCAUCCUGACCUCUUUGCCGGUCACGAAAAGUCUCGUGCUGAGUCCAGGUUCAAGUCGAUUUCAGAAGCUUACACUUACCUGCUGUCUGGUGCAAGAGGACCACAUUCAGCUUCGGCCACUUAUUCUCGAGUUGUGAGGACUGGCAUGCCAAGAGCUCAUGGGGGAAGAAGUAAUAAUGUUUUAAUCCGCAUACCUUUCCUUUUUAUUAUACUGGGAACCGUUGGACUAGGGGGAUUGAAUGCCACCAGGGCUUACAAAAAGCAGAAAGAGAUGACUCCCUCGCACAAUCCUUUUCUGCCUUAAUGUGAUACCCUCAGGUGGAAAUACGUUGGCCAAGCAUGCAUGUUCCAACUCUCUGAUGUAAUUUACUUGUAUAUUUAUUUAUUAUUUGGUGCUUGUUUGAUUCAAGCUCAUUACCUAUUGUGGAACUUGUAUGGUUGGACAUGGAAGGACCAAUUUAUAUCUGUUACCGACAGUUCAUGAAAAAUUGAAAAUACAGUUGAAUUAGUUACAAAUUUUUAGCAUUA